AUGUCGCUCACAAGCCCUCCGCCUGCAUUCAAGCCAUUCACGCUCGCGCUUGUACAGCUCGGGCAGGUCGGCGCGGAUAAGGCUGCGAAUUUGAAGCAUGCAAGAGACAUGGUCUUGAAGGCUGCGAGCGCGAAGCCCAAGCCGGACGUGGUCGUCCUGCCUGAAUGCUUCAACUCGCCGUAUGGACAUGUACACUUCCCCGUCUACGCCGAGCCUAUUGGCUUUACUCCAGGCCAGGCAUACGACAUCGCGUCCUCGCCCUCCGAGUCUGUCCGCACACUCUCUGAGGUGGCACGAGAAACCGGCGUAUGGCUCAUUGGCGGCUCGAUUCCCGAACGCUCCGCGGCGGACGGAGGGAAGGUGUUCAAUACGGCUACCGUGUACUCGCCUGCAGGCGAGCUGGUGGCGAUGCAUCGCAAGGUCCAUCUGUUCGACAUUGAUAUUCCAGGAAAGAUCACCUUCAAAGAAAGCGAGACGCUUACGGGCGGGACGACCAUUAAUGCCUUUGACACGCCCUUUGCACGCAUCGGGCUUGGAAUAUGCUAUGACGUGCGCUUCCCGGAGCUUGCGAUGAUCAGCGCACGGCGAGGCUGCCAGGUCCUCAUUUAUCCCGGCGCGUUCAACCUUACCACAGGACCUCUGCACUGGGAGCUACUUCAACGUGCACGUGCCGUCGACAACCAGGUCUAUUUUGCGAUGUGUAGCCCGGCAAGAGAUAUGACCGCGGGAUACCAUGCUUGGGGUCACUCGCUGGUCGUCGACCCGAUGGGCCAGGUCAUUGCAGAGACAGAACACGACGAAGACAUCGUCUAUGCACGCAUCGACCCUAAGACGUUCGAAGAGGCGCGCGGGGGCAUUCCGGUAACGACACAGCGGCGCUUCGACGUAUAUCCGGAUGUGAGCAAGGGGUUCUGA